AUGCUAGUUAAUUUAUUUCCUCAAUUACAAUAUCUUCAAACUGGAAUGAAUAAAAAAGAAAUUAAACAAAUUUUAACAUUUUUAUUAUCAAAAACUAAUAUGAAAACAAAUCAAUUGUUCUUUUUAUGUAUUAAAGAAAUACCUAAAAUGUAUUUACGAGAAUUAGAUAUGUUAAUUAAAUUUCAAAAUUUAUGUAGAAAUUAUUUUAUUGAAUUUAUUAACUCUGAUAUAUAUUUAUGGUGGUAG